CUUUUUUUUCUUUAUGAGCAAAUAUAUAUGUAUGUCUAUAUGUAUAUAAGAUUAAAUAAGCGCCAUCCUGACCCCCCUUUUAAAAGAAGCCUCCCCUUCCCUUCUAUCCUAAUUAUCCCAUUGAGCAAAGGAAGGGGGGGUUAAAACGAAAAUUUCAAACCAAUCACCCAUCUCUCUCUUCUCCUCCCCCCUGCCUCCUCUUCCACCUCCUCCUCCUCCCUGUCUUCCCUCCUCCUCCUCCAAGCAAAUCAACCCCCCAACCCCUCUUUGACAUGCAACCCUCUUUCGGUUGGGACAAGCCGGCAUGCCACUGCAGCUUUAAACGGAAUUGGGGAAAAUUGGGGAUUUUUGCUCUCAUGACGGUGGAGGUGAGCUACUGGAGCCGGAUUCUUCUGCUUUCGGUGGGGGUUUUGGCAACAUCAGCGGCCGCCCAGAACUGCAGUUACGUUUUGCGAGGUCCAAACGGAACAAUACAAAGUCCAGGAUUCCCGUACGGCUAUCCAAAUUAUGCAAACUGUACAUGGACAAUCACCGCCAAGGAGCAGAACAGAGUGCAGCUUGUAUUCCAGUCCUUCGCGCUAGAGGAAGAUUUUGACGUGCUGUCUGUCUACGAUGGGUUGCCUCAGCAGGGAAAUCUAAGAACGAGGUUAACGGGAUUCCAACUGCCUCCUCCCAUUGUGAGUACUGGGGUGGUGCUGUCCUUGUGGCUUGUAAGCGAUUAUGCUGUCAGUGCUCAAGGAUUUCAGGCAAACUAUGAAGUUCUGCCAAGUCACACAUGUGGAAAUCCAGGAAGACUGCAGAAUGGAAUCCAGCAGGGGACGACGUUCAGUGUUGGCGACAAAGUGCGUUACAGCUGCAACCCGGGCUUCUUUCUGGAGGGUCAUGCACUGCUCACUUGUCAUUCCAGUUCGGAAAACACUGCCUCCUGGGACUUCCCUCUGCCCUCCUGUCGAGCUGAUGAUGCCUGUGGUGGGACACUUCGGGGGCAGAGUGGGAUUAUUUCGACCCCCCAUUAUCCUUCGGAGUACAGCAACAAUGCAGACUGCACAUGGACCAUUCUAGCAGAGCCUGGGGACACCAUCGCCUUGGUAUUCCUGGAUUUCCAACUAGAAGACGAAUACGACUUUUUAGAGGUUACUGGAACUGAGGGAUCCUCCCUAUGGUUUACGGGAACAAACCUUCCUGCCCCUGUAAUCAGCAGCAAAAACUGGCUUCGUAUGCACUUUAUGUCAGAUGGCAACCACAGGCAGAAGGGCUUCAGUGCUCAGUAUCAAGUCAAGAAGCAAAUGGAGAUGAAGUCCCGGGGAGUGAAAUUGAUGCCGAGUAAGGACACGAACCAGAAGACAUCUGUGUUAACACAGGUUGGUGUGUCCCAGGGACAUAACAUGUGUCCGGACCCUGGGAUUCCAGACCAAGGCAAAAGGAUAGGCAAUGAUUUCAGGUUAGGAUCCAGCAUCCAGUUCACUUGCAAUGAAGGCUACGAUUUGCAAGGUUCCAAAAGCAUCACCUGUAAGAAGCUGAGUGGUAUGAUAGCAGCCUGGAGUGACCAGAGGCCAGUUUGUAGAGCUAGGAUGUGUGAUACGUACCUCCGAGGCCCCAGCGGCAUUAUCACUUCUCCAAACUAUCCUGUCCAGUACGAUAACAAUGCCUACUGCGUGUGGGUGAUAACAGCAGUCAAUCCAGCCAAGGUCAUCAAACUCAACUUUGAAGAAUUCGACUUGGAGAGAGGUUAUGAUACGCUAACUGUGGGGGACGGUGGUCAGGUCGGAGACCAGAAGAGUGUGCUCUAUGUUUUAACAGGCACAACUGUCCCUGAUCUGAUUGUCAGCACCCAACAUCAGAUGUGGCUUCUGUUCCAGACAGACAGUGUGAGGAACUUACUAGGAUUCAAAGCAACAUAUGAAGAAAUCGACCAGGGGAGUUGUGGAGAUCCAGGAGUGCCAGCCUACGGCAAGAGACAAGGGUCAACCUUUCGCCACGGGGACUCGUUGACGUUUGAAUGCCAGCCUGCAUUUGAACUGAAAGGACAGAAAACAAUCACUUGUCAAAAGAGUAGCCAGUGGUCCUCUCAGAAACCAAUCUGUGUUUUUUCCUGCUUCUUCAACUUUACUACGUCAUCUGGCAUUGUGCUGUCUCCAAACUACCCGGAGGAAUAUGGCAGCAGCCUGCACUGCGUUUGGUUAAUCAUUGCAAAACCUGAAAGCCGGAUCCAUUUGGCCUUUAAUGAUUUCGACGUGGAGCCCCAGUUUGACUUCCUGGCUAUCAAGGAUGGCGGCACAGCUGAAUCGCCUGUCUUGGGGACAUUCUCUGGGAGUCAGCUACCAUCUUCUCUGACCAGCAGCGGCCAUGUCGCCAGGCUGGAAUUUCAGACUGACCACUCCACCGAAAAGCGGGGCUUCAAUAUCACGUUUACCACCUUCAGACACAACGAGUGCCCUGAUCCGGGUGUGCCCGUUAAUGGCAAGCGUUUUGGUGACAGUCUGCAGCUUGGCAGUUCAGUGUCCUUCCUGUGUGAUGAGGGAUUCAUCAGGACACAUGGCUCGGAGACCAUCACCUGCGUCUUGAAGGAAGGCAACGUGGUGUGGGACAACUCUGUGCUGAGAUGUGAAGCUCCAUGUGGUGGCCAUCUGACCUCUCCAAGUGGAAUGAUAUUGUCUCCCGGCUGGCCUGGAUUCUACAAGGAUUCUCUGAACUGUGCAUGGGUCAUAGAAGCUCAACCAGGAUACCCUAUCAAAAUUACAUUUGACAGAUUUAAGACAGAGGUGAAUUACGACACACUGGAAGUGCGCGAUGGCAAGUCCUACUCGUCACCCUUGAUAGGCGUCUAUGACGGCACUCAGGUCCCCCAGUUCCUCAUUAGCACCAGCAACUUCCUUUACCUCCUCUUCACAACUGACAAGAGCCACUCUGAUGUCGGCUUUCAAAUCCGCUAUGAAACGGUAAAACUCCAAUCGGACCACUGCCUGGACCCAGGGAUUCCUGUCAGUGGGCAACGACAUGGGGACGAUUUCUAUGUGGGGGCCUUGGUGACCUUCAGCUGUGAUCCAGGCUACACCUUGAGUGACAAUGAAGCUUUGGAGUGUGAACCUAAUUUUCAGUGGAGCAGGCCUCUUCCUAGCUGCGAGGCUCUCUGUGGAGGCUAUGUCCGUGGUUCCAGUGGCACCGUGCUUUCUCCAGGCUUCCCGGAUUUCUACCCCAACAAUUUGAACUGCACUUGGGUUAUAGAAGCUUCUCAUGGCAAAGGUGUCUUCUUCACCUUCCACACCUUCCACCUGGAGAGGCAUGACUACCUGCUGAUCACGGAGAAUGGCAGCUUCAGCCAGCCACUGAAACAACUCACUGGCUCCCACCUGCCUCCCUUCAGUGCUGGCCUCUUCGGGAACUUCUCUGCUCAAAUCCGCUUCAUUUCAGACUUCUCCAUUUCUUACGAGGGCUUCAACAUCACCUUUUCAGAAUAUGACCUAGAGCCUUGUGACGAGCCAGAAGUGCCGGUCUACAGCAUCCGCAAGGGCCUUCAGUUUGGUGUGGGUGAUGUCUUGACCUUCUCCUGCUUCCCUGGGUACCGGGAGGGCGUCUCGCGCAUUACCUGCCUGGGCGGUAGACGGCGUGUGUGGAGUUCGCCUCUGCCAAGGUGUGUUGCUGAAUGCGGCUCCUCUGUAACUGGCACUCAAGGCGUCCUGCUGUCCCCAAACUACCCUCUGAACUACAACAACAACCAUGAAUGUAUCUACUCCAUCCAGACACAGCCAGGGAAAGGAAUUCAACUCAAAGCACGGACUUUCAGCCUGGAGGCCCGGGAUGUCUUGAAGAUCUAUGAUGGCAACAAUAACUCUGCCCGCCUCCUGGGCACCUUCAGCCGGACAGAGAUGUUGGGCCUCAGUGUCAACAGCACCUCCAGCUCCAUGUGGCUCGAAUUCAUCUCAGAUAGCAACAGCACAAGUCAAGGAUUUGAACUGCAGUUUUCUAGUUUUGAGCUGAUCAAGUGUGAGGACCCCGGCAUCCCUCAGUUUGGCUACAAAGUCCAUGACGAGGGGCACUUUGCGGGCAGCUCCGUCUCUUUUAACUGUGACCCCGGCUACACGCUGCGAGGGAGCCAGGCACUGGCUUGCUUGACUGGGGAGCGGCGAGCCUGGGAUCAGCCACUCCCCAUCUGCGUAGCGGAGUGUGGGGGCAGUAUCAAAGAUGAGCCUUCGGGAAGGAUCCUGUCUCCAGGCUACCCAACGCCCUAUGACCACAACCUCAACUGUGUCUGGACUAUUGAAGCAGAAGCUGGUUGCACAAUAGGCCUCCAUUUCAUGGUUUUCCAAACAGAGGAGUUCCAUGACGUUCUGAGGAUCUGGGAUGGCCCUGUGGAGAAAGGGAUUCUCCUGAGGAAGUCAGUGGUUCCACGCUGCCAGUGACGUCCACAGCACCUCAACUCCGUGGUCCUCCAGUUCAACACAGCCUUUUUUCACCAGCAAGCAGGGCUUGCCAUCAGUUUUUCAGUGUCCACUGCCACAUCCUGCAAUGACCCGGGUGUCCCACAGACGGGAGCCGCAGUGGUCGACAGCAAGGAGGCGGGAGACUCCAUUGUUUUCCAGUGUGAUCACGGUUACGCCCUGCAGGGGAACGCCAAGAUCAGCUGCGUGCAGCUUGAGAACAGGUUGUUCUGGAAACCUGACCCCCCCACCUGCCUAGCUCCCUGUGGUGGGAUCCUGACUGGGCCUUCAGGAGUGAUCUUGUCACCAAACUACCCAGAGCUACCCCCAGGAAAGGAGUGUGACUGGAAGCUGACUGUCUCUCCUGAUUAUGUCAUUGCCUUGGUAUUUCACACCUUCAAUUUGGAACCAGGAUACGAUUUCUUGCACAUCUAUGAUGGUCCCAGCUCACUUAGCCCCCUUAUUGGGAGUUUCUACGACACUCAGCUACCCGAGAGGAUUGAGAGCAGCAGCAAUAACCUCUUCCUGGCCUUCCGGAGUGACGCCUCCGUCAGCAACAUGGGAUUUGUAAUCUAUUACACAGAAAACCCCAGAGAAUCUUGCUUCGAUCCUGGCUCGAUUAAGAAUGGCACCCGGGCUGGUAGCGAGUUGAAACUGGGAUCCACUAUCACCUACUACUGCGGCAGUGGCUAUGUGAUUGAUGGGGUGUCUACCUUGACAUGUAUUAUGGGAGGAGAUGGGAAACCUGUGUGGAACAAACCAAGACCUACGUGUACAGCACCAUGUGGCGGUCAGUACACAGGAUCAGAUGGUGUCGUCCUGUCUCCAAACUAUCCUCAGAACUACACCAGUGGACAAGUGUGCCUGUAUUUCAUCGUUGUUCCCAAAGACUAUGUGGUGUUUGGUCAGUUUGCCUUCUUCCAGACCGCUCUCCAUGAUAUCAUCGAAGUGCAUGAUGGACCCAACCAGCAUUCUCGUCUCCUCAGCUCCCUCUCUGGUUCUCACACCGGUGAAUCUUUGCCUUUGGCCACCACCAACCAAAUCCUCAUCAAGUUCAGUGCCAAAGGUCAAGCCACAGCCAAAGGUUUCCAUUUUGUCUACCAAGCUGUCCCACGAACUAGCGCCACGCAGUGCAGCUCUGUGCCUGAACCCCGCUAUGGGAGGCGGAUAGGCAGUGAUUUCUCCGUGGGGGCUGUGAUCCGGUUUGAGUGCACUGCUGGUUAUGCCCUCCAAGGAUCCCACAGCAUUGAGUGCCUGACAAUGCCCGGAGCCCUUGCUCAGUGGAAUUCCUCUGUGCCUACUUGUGUUGUGCCCUGCGGUGGAAACUUAACUGAGCGAAAAGGCACCAUUUUGUCCCCUGGAUUCCCUGAGCCCUACUUGAACAGCCUCAACUGUGUAUGGAAAAUAACCGUCCCUGAAGGAGCAGGAAUACAGAUUCAAGUGAUCAGUUUUGUGACAGAACAGAACUGGGAUUCCCUAGAAGUCUUUGACGGUGGGGAUAACACAGUCACCAUGCUGGGCAGCUUCUCAGGAACCACAGUCCCUGCACUGCUGAAUAGCACAUCCAACCAACUCUAUUUGCAUUUCUACUCCGACAUCAGUGUCUCUGCUGCAGGAUUUCACCUUGAGUACAAAACUGUAGGCCUCUCCAGUGCCCAGAACCCAUGUCCCCAGCAGGGUUUGAAGAUCGGGGAGCGAUACUUGGUGAAUGAUGUUGUCUCCUUUCAGUGUGCAGGCUACGCACUCCCGGGACAUUCUCACAUUUCCUGCAUGCCAGGGACUGUCCGGCGCUGGAACUACCCUCCUCCACUUUGCAUCGCUCAGUGUGGUGGGACCAUGGAAGAGAUGGAAGGUGUAAUUCUGAGUCCCGGCUUCCCAGGAAACUAUCCUAGCAACAGCGACUGUACGUGGAGGAUAUCCCUUCCGGUGGGGUUUGGUGCCCACCUCCAAUUUUUGAACUUUUCCACCGAGCCUAACCAUGACUUCGUUGAAAUCCGUAAUGGGCCGUAUGACACCAGCAACAUCAUCAGCCGGUUUAGUGGGACUGACCUCCCAGGCUCCCUCCUUUCCACAUCCCAUGAAACCACCAUGUAUUUCCACAGCGACCACUCACAGAACAAGCCUGGCUUUAAGGUAGAAUACCAAGCUUAUGAGCUACAGGAAUGUCCUGACCCUGAGCCCUUUGCCAAUGGCAUUGUGAGAGGAGCCGGUUACAGUGUGGGCCAGUCCAUCUCCUUUGAAUGUCUCCCCGGCUAUCAGCUCAUUGGCCACCCAGUAUUAACCUGUCAACAUGGAACCAAUAGGAACUGGGACCACCCAUUGCCCAGGUGUGAAGUACCUUGUGGAGGAAACAUCACUGCACACAAUGGCACCAUCUACUCUCCAGGCUUCCCCAAUCAGUAUCCCAGUUCCCAGGACUGCACGUGGCUUCUUACGGUGUCGGCUGGAUAUGGCAUCUACCUCAACUUCACCUUGCUGCAAACUGAACCAUAUAAUGACUUCAUCACUGUCUGGGAUGGGCCUCAGCAGACAGCCCCACAACUGGGUGUUUUUACAGGGAACUCUGCUAAGAAAGCCACCCAAAGCUCUUCCAACCAGGUCCUCCUAAAAUUCUACAGCGACGUGGCCAACGGAGGAGUCUUUGCAAUUCACUAUUACGCCUAUCAGCUUUCUAGAUGCCAACCUCCAACCAUGGUCCCCAAUGCUGAGAUCAUCACAGAGAAUGAGGAUUACAACAUAGGUGAUAUCAUUAGGUAUCGGUGUCUUCCUGGCUUCACCUUGGUUGGAAAUGAGAUCCUGACUUGCAGGCUUGGUACUCACCUCCAGUUUGAAGGGCCUCCUCCAACUUGUGAAGUUCAUUGCCCAAUGAAUGAGGUCCGCACAGACUCCAUGGGAGUGAUCCUGAGUCCAACCUUCACAGGCAGCUACCCUCACUUUCAGACUUGCUCUUGGGUGGUCAAGGUGGAGCCAGAAUACAACAUCACCUUCACUGUCGAGUACUUCUUGAGUGAGAAGCAGUAUGAUGAGUUUGGCAUCUUUGAUGGUCCUUCAGGCCACAGUCCAUUAUUGCUGUCCCUAAGUGGGAAUUACUCUGCUCCUCUAACAGUAACCAGUUCUGGCAACAGAGUCUAUCUCCACUGGUCCUCUGACCACGCCUAUAGCAGAAAGGGCUUCAGAAUCCGCUAUUCAGCCCCUUAUUGCAGCCUCCCUCCACCUCCUCUCCACGGUUCCAUCCUCAGCCACACUGGUUUGCAGCCAGGAAGCACCAUCCAGUUCGGUUGUGAUGCCGGCUACCGCCUUGUUGGUCACAGCUUUGCGAUGUGUUCAAGGCACCCACAGGGUUACUUCCACUGGAAUGAAGCCAUUCCUCUGUGCCAAGCCCUCUCCUGCGGAGUUCCCAAAGCGCCAAAGAAUGGGGUCGUUUUUGGCAAGGAGUAUACAGUGGGCACCAAAGCAGUCUUCCAGUGCAAGCAGGGUUUCCACCUUCAAGCCCAGGAAGCAUCCGGCAUUGAGUGCCUGACAAACGGGCAGUGGAGUAAUGGCAAUAACCCUCUUCCAUGCGUGGCGGUUAGCUGCCCUGAUACUGGCAGCAUUGCUGUGGAGCAUGGUAGAUGGAGGCUGAUCUACGAGACCCAGUACCAGUACAAUGCACAACUAAUGUUGAUCUGCGACCCCGGGUACUACUACACAGGGUACCGUGUCAUCCACUGUCAAGCCAAUGAGACCUGGAGCAUAAGAGAGCCCAAGCCAACCUGCAGAAUUAUCUCCUGUGGAGAUCUGCCUGUACCACCCAAUGGGAACAAGAUUGGGACCCUGACCAUUUAUGGUGCUACUGCCAUCUUCUCCUGCAAUACCGGUUACACCUUGGUGGGCUCACGUGUGCGGGAGUGCAUGGCAAACGGCCUCUGGAGUGGAUUGGAAGUGACAUGCCUGGCGGGUCACUGUGGCGAACCUGGCCCCAUCGUCAAUGGCCAAAUAAAUGGUGAGAACUACAACUACCGGGGCAGUGUGGUGUACCAGUGUAACCCUGGCUUCCGACUCAUUGGGAUGUCUGUCCGGAUCUGCCAGCAAGACCACCGCUGGUCUGGAAAGACUCCUGUCUGUGUGCCCAUAACCUGCGGUCACCCGGGAAAUCCAACAAAUGGCCUGACGCAAGGCAACCAGUUCAACCUGAAUGAUGUGGCCAAGUUUGUCUGCAACAUUGGGUACCGCCUGGAAGGGACAUCCAAGUCCCAAUGCCUGGCAAAUGGCCAGUGGAGUAACGCUCUUCCCACCUGCCGCAUUGUAAACUGUACUGACCCUGGGCACCUGGAAAACAGCGUCCGACAAGUGCAACCGAGUGGGCCUCACAGAUACAGCUUUGGAACAACUGUCUCAUAUCAGUGCAACCAUGGAUAUUACUUGCUGGGCACCCAUGUUCUUACCUGUCAGGGGGAUGGCACUUGGGAUCGGCCCCUCCCAGUGUGUCAUUUGGUCUCCUGUGGCCAUCCUGGAUCCCCGCCCCAUGCCCAGAUCUUGGGUGAAGUCUACACAGUUGGCUCUGUGGUGCGUUACAGUUGCCUAGAAAGGAGAAGCUUGAUUGGCAAUUCCACCCGUAUGUGUCAGCUUGAUGGGCGCUGGAGUGGGUCUCUCCCUCACUGCUCAGGAAGCCUCGAGGGACUGUGUGGCGACCCAGGAAUACCUUCUCACGGCAUACGGCAUGGCGGUAACGAGUUAAGUGUGGAGAGUACCGUCUGGUUCAGCUGCGAGCCAGGCUACACCCUCCGGGGUUCACUGCAGAGAAUCUGCCAAGCCAACGGUUCUUGGAGUGGGACUCAGCCAGAAUGCGAAGUUAUAUCUUGUGGAAACCCUGGGACUCCCAGCAAUGCAAUAGUGACAUUUAAUGAUGGCCUGGUGUUUUCAAGCUCCAUCAUUUACAAGUGUCGGGAUGGCUACUACUCCACGGGGGUCCUCAGCAGGCAUUGUACGGUCAAUGGGACCUGGACUGGAAGUACCCCAGAGUGUACAGUUAUUAACUGUGGGGAUCCUGGAGUGCCAACCAAUGGCAUUCGGUUGGGCAAUGACUUCACCUACAAUAAGACUGUCACGUUUCUGUGCAUGCCCGGCUACAUGAUGGAGACAGACAGAGCCUCUGUUUUGACCUGCACCAAGGACCGGACAUGGAAUGGAACAAAACCUGUCUGCAAAGCUAUCAUCUGCAAACCUCCUCAGGUUGUCCCCAAUGGAAAAGUUGUGGGGUCAGAUUUCAGCUGGGGAUCAAGCGUGAGCUACAGCUGCCUGGAAGGAUAUCAGCUAUCCCUGCCUGCAAUUCUGACCUGCGAAGGGAAUGGAUCAUGGAAUGGAGAACUCCCACAGUGUUUUCCGGUUUUCUGUGGUGACCCGGGAAUCCCAGCUGAAGGGAGGCGUGAAGACCGGGGCUUCACGUAUCGCUCCUCUGUCUCGUAUUCUUGUUUGCCACCACUGGUGCUGGUGGGAUCAGCAAGGAGGUUCUGUCAAUCUGAUGGAUCGUGGAGCGGAACACAGCCAAGCUGCAUAGACUCAACACACACAACAUGUAUAGAUCCUGGUGUGCCCCUUUAUGGAACGCAAAACAACUCCCAAGGUUAUCAGAUCGGGAGCAUCGUCUAUUUCAAGUGCCACAAAGGAUACCUGUUGCAGGGCUCCACCACACGGGCUUGUCUCCCAAACCUGACAUGGAGUGGAAUGCAGCCUGAUUGCAUCCCUCACACUUGCAAGGAGCCAGAAACCCCAUCCCAUGCCAACGUGGGUGCUCUGGACCUGCCCUCCCUCGGAUACACCCUGAUCUACUCUUGCCAGAGUGGCUUUUACCUCACCGGAGGAUCGGAACACAGGACCUGUAAAGCGGAUGGCAGUUGGACAGGGAAGCCCCCUAUCUGCCUUGCGGACAUCCGUCCCAGUGGGAGACCAGUGGGCACUGCAAGGGACCUGCCUCUUCCCAAGGUGUCAGUUCCCGCUGACGUCUUUGCAAAGAACUCCUUUUGGAAAGGCUCUUACGAGUACAUGGGCAAGAAGCAGCUGACUAUGCUCUCUGUCACUAGUUUUGACCCAGUCACCAGUAAAGUCAAUGCCACCCUGAAAGACCACAGUGGUGUGGAGCUGCAACUGUCUGGUAUUUACAAAAGAGAAGAUGUCCACCUGCUCCUCCAGGUGUACCAGAUUACAGGGCCGGUGGAGAUCUUCAUGAACAAAUUCAAGAAUGAAAAGUGGGCUUUAGAUGGUCAUGUCACUCCAGAAUCAUCAAGUGGGACAUUUGUCUACCAGGGGUUUGUGCAUGGCAAAGGUUUUGGGCAGUUUGGCCUGCAGAGGCUUGACAUAAUUGAACGAGAUGCCGAGUCUAUAGGACAUCCAUUUGCAUCCAACAGCAGUUCAGUGGCAGCUGCUAUCCUUGUGCCUUUCAUUGCCCUGAUUAUUGCAGGGUUUGUGCUCUAUCUCUACAAACACAGAAGGAGACCGAAGGUGCCAUUCAAUGGUUACGCUGGGCAUGAAAACACCAAUGUCCGUGGAACGUUUGAAAACCCCAUGUAUGACCGCAACUUGCAGCCGACGGAUAUCAUGGCCAAUGAGGCAGAGUUUACAGUCAGCACCGUCUGCACUGCAGUAUAGCACUUAACAAACCUGCGCACAUUCUCCAGGGACGGGAGUCUCGCCAGUGCCCGAUGUUCCUCCUGGUUCAUCUUUGCCCAUGAUCAUCCCUCCCAGAAAAGUUGGGGCUGUGGAGUUGAUAUGGUGCCUUUGAGUUGAUCCAGAGAGAGGAAGAGAGUGACUGCCUUGCUGUUCAUCACCGCUCCACAUCCUCAUUGCCCUUCCGUUCCGCCCUGCAGCCGAUAGUCAAAUCAACCAAAGCACCCACUCCAGCCCUUGUGUUACGACCACAUGGGAGUGGAUCCACCAAAACGCCCCCCACCUCUGGGCCUUUUUCUAGCUGGUUCUGGCCAAUUUUAGAAC